CUUCGGAAAAAAGCGUAACCAUGUCCGUCGAUUCGGUGAAGAAACCCCGAAAGUAUCCAGGGUGCGUUAAGAACUUUUACGAUUAUUUUUCCGAGUACAGCGGUAACUCGAGCAUUCACGGCAUAAAGUACAUUGGAGAGAAAAAGAGGACCGUUAUCGAAAAACUGUGGUGGUCGGUGGUAAUUCUGGCGUCUUUGUCGAUUUGCAUUUUUAUGAUAAUCAAAACCUACGAAAAAUGGCAGACGUCGCCGGUCAUCGUGAGUUUCGCACGUAGUCCCACGCCAGUUUGGAACAUACCAUUUCCGGCGGUCACAAUUUGCUCGGAAACGAAGACGAAGCAGAGCAUUUUUAAUUACACGAACGCGUACAACCGCUUUGAAAGCGGCCAAAACGUCACCAGCGAGGAAAACGCCAUGCUGGAGCGGAUCAGUCUCGUUUGCGAUAAUCACCUGCAUCUUUCAGGAAAUGACACCAUUGACUAUGAGACCAUCGACUUCUUGGGGAAAGUCGCCCCUCCGUUUGAUGAGGUCUUCUUCCAGUGCAAGUGGAUGAAUCAGAUUCAAAAUUGCUCCCGGCUUUUCACACCUACUCUCUCUGAGGAAGGUAUCUGUUUCACGUUUAACAUGCUGGACCGCGAAGAGCUCUACACUAACGCGGUGUUUUUCAACGGCGAUUACCUCCACCACGGGGUGAAGGCAACGAACUGGACACUGGAAGAUGGGUACCCGCCUGAUGUUGGCCAGAACGCGUACCCCAAGCGUGCGAUAUCUGCCGGACAAGGUGCGGGGUUAUCGGUUUGGUUGAGACUGUUCGAGAAGGAUCUGGACUACGUCUGUCGAGGCCCUGUGCAGGGUUUCAAGGUUUUAUUGCAUCAUCCCUCGGAGGUGCCCAGGGUGAGUCAGCAGUACUUUCGUGCACCUCUAAAUCAAGAAAGUGUCGUCGCCAUCAAGCCCGAUAUGAUGACCACAUCCGAAGGGUUGAGGAACUACGACCCCCACCGAAGGCAGUGUUACUUCCCUUCCGAGCGGCAAUUGCGCUUUUACCAGGUGUAUACUCAGCAAAACUGCGACGUUGAGUGCGUGACGAACUACACCCUCAUUCACUGCGGUUGCGUAUCCUAUCACAUGCCACAUGACGAAAACACCAAGCUGUGCGGAUCGGGAAAGACCCUCUGCGUUCAUAACGCAUCUGUCGAUUUGCUCAUGGAGGAGAUCGAGAACAAGUUCAAUAAAAACGCGCAGGUUUGGGACCGACCGGAUUGCGACUGCCUACCGGCCUGUACCUCACUGACUUACAACUCAGAAAACUCCCAGGCAGAUUUCCAGUGGUACAAAGUGUUUGAGGCGACCAAGGCCAAGUAUCGCGGACUAGCUGGCGCAAACCUGACCAGUAUCACCCUCUUCUUCAAAGAAAUGCAGUUCAUCACGUCGGAGAGGAACGAGCUGUACGGUCCCACGGAUUUCCUCGCCAACUGCGGGGGGUUGCUGGGACUGUUUAUGGGAUUCUCGCUUCUUUCCAUAAUUGAAAUUUUCUACUUUCUGUCUUUGCGUUUGGUGUGCAACCUCAGGAAGUACGGCCGUCACUAUUGGUCGGGCUCUCCCGAACUGUUGGAGGACGACGCUUACGUCCACAAUGAGUAAAUGCACCGCGCAGGUGACUCAUGUGCUUUUGUCACUCUUUAAUUCGUUCAUGGUGUAAAU